AUGAACGCCGAGUUCCAAACCGCGUUGUCUACCUUUGAAAGCAGACUCAAUUCACUCGUCACAAGCCUCACAACCUCCCCGACUGCCUCAGGCGCACCAAAAGCAGCACAGGAACUGCUUAACGCUGACGACUCCCUCACCUCUACGAUCGACACCCUUAAACAGCAUCAGAGCAAUUACGCGCGCAUCCUACAACUGCGCGCGGAGGCGCAGAGUUUAGAAGACAAGGUCAAGGAUAUCGUUCGGCUCGUCGUGCGUUACGAAAAGGACAUACGCGAAGCAUGCGGCGAUAGCGACUCCGACAGCGACACCGACUAUGACUCAGAGGAGUCGGACCACGAUAUGAACGCACCGCACACGACGCAAACACGGACCUCCCGAAAGCGCAACGAAGUGGAUUACAGGCUUCUUCUGGACUUCGCCCGUCGGAUAAGCAAGUAUAACCACGAGGCAGCUGCCGACGCUGCGGCAGGGAUGGCAAAGGGGAACCACGUGCUGGCAGGGCGGGACACCGAGAUGACAGGCGUGAACACGAACGGGAACCAGGAGGGGAGUCCGGCAGAACCGGUUGCUGCUGUGACAAAAGAAGCGACAUCAUGGCUGGACGAGUCGGCGAACAUGACACGGCAGGUCUACAUGCUCCCGUACCCAAUGGAAGAUCGGAUACGCAUGGGACUCAUGGGGCAGAUACAGCUGGCGGCGGCAGAGGGGCGGCCUGGGUUCGACCCGGACAAAGAGGUUGAGCGGCUGAUCAGGGAAGCGGAGGGUGUCGGCAUUGCUGAUGCUGUCGCGCCGCCUCCGAUUGGGGAGGAGGCGACAAGGGUGAAUGAGGCUGCAAUGGCGGCUGCGCAUGCUGGGUCUACGGCGAGUGGCGGUCGGAUGGCACCGGUACAACCGAAACCAAAGGCGACAUUGGAUCUGGACUUGUAUGACCCCGAUGAAGACGAGGACUGA